AUGAAUUAACUCCUAAAUGAUGAAUAAAAGCGAAAAUGUCCUUAUUGUUAAUAUCAAUUUAUUGGUUAAAAGAUUUUGGAACAUGAAAAAGAAUGUUAAAACAAAUAAAAUGGAGAAUAAUAUUCAUCAAAUGUAAAUAAAAUUCCUAUCUAUAUAGAGGAAUUAUGAAAGAAACUAAAUGAAUAUGUAGUAAAUACAAAGUCAAAAUGAUUUUAAAUCAAGAUAAUAAGAAUUACUAAAGAAAUGCGAACAUUGUAAUGAGGAUUACCCUUCAGAAGUUUAUAAUUUACACAUAUAAAAUUGUGAUGCAAAGGCACUAUUUUUAAAAUACAUAAAAACUGAAUGUCCAUCUUAACUUAUAUCAUAAAAUACAUAGAAUGAUGAAGAUGAAGAAAAUGAUAGAUAAAAAAUUUAAAUUCUAACAUAAUAUUUAGAAUUAAUGGAAAAAAAAGGAGAUAUAUUAGAAAAAGGGGAAGAAUUAGUCAAAAUAUCAAAUUUUUCAAUUGAACCUUUCACACGAACUUUUAAAAGUAAGAUGUGUAGAUCAUGCAACUAAAAUUUUGUAUUAGAUGAAGAAAUAUUAAUUAUGAAAUGUUGUUCUUAAAUUUAUCAUAAUAUUUGUUUUGCUGAAUUAAUCAAAAAAACUAUUAAUUGUGAAUGUGGUAAAUAGAUAAUUAUUGAUUGA